AUGAAUCUUAAAGCUGGUGUUCCACAGGGUUCAGUCCUGGGUCUCUUUUUAGUUCUUAUAUUCAUUAAUGGCAAUGCAGAUGAUAUGAUUGGAUUAAGUAGAAUGUAUGCAGAUGAUACAUCUAUUGGACAUACUGCUCCAGAUGAAACUACUCUCCAAUCGAUGAUAAAUAUCGAUCUUCAAAAUAAUUAUUCCUGGGCAAAUGAUUGGCUAGUUAAAUUCAAUCCAAAUAAAAGUGUACAUAUAACAACCAAUGUAUCGACUAAAGUCAACGAUUAUGUUGAUGCACUCGGAACAGCUGAUAUCAUGAACUACGCCAUUGACAUAAGUAGGUGUAACCUGGACCUUAGUGGAAUAACGUCGUUAAUGUUUGAAAUAAAGGCGUGCGACAAUGGACAUGUCCUUCUUUCAAAUUCUUAUGUCAGAGACUCGUCAAAACCAUUGUAUGAGAUUCUCAUUGGAGAAGAUAAUUACUAUUCGGUCAUUUUCUACCGCACAGACGAUUCUUUAGAACCUGGAAGCUACAUUUUUAACCAAUCUAAUACCUACAAUAUACUGAACUGCAAUGUGUAUCUACCAUUCUGGAUUAGUUGGGCGGAUGGAGACAUUAAAUUAGGAACUGGUAUUCUUGUUGAUGAAAAUGUUUUGGUAUCUUUCAUGAAUCCGCAUCAUUUUGAAGUGAGAAGUAUUGGAGUAUUUACUAGCCAUUAUAAAUUAGGAAUUUGGACUAUACAAGUUGAAGUUUCAGACAAAUUUACUGGAUAUUUUGACAGCUGUAGUAUGGAAAAUACCAAGUCUGAUAUGGUUGUAGUAGAUGCCAUCAAAUGUUCUGCCAUGAGAUGUGCUACGAGCUGUGGAAUGUCAAAGACAUGUAUGGGUUAUAAUUUCAACAGUGCCAUGAACAGAUGUGAACUACUCUCGUUUGAAUCGAACGUUGUUACAGACAUACCAAAUCACCUUGAAGCCGGAUGGAGAUUCUAUAGUAAAUGUAACAAUGGGAAAACUGCUUGUCUUGGGUGUUGCUUAUAGCUUUUCAAUUCUAACAUAUACUGAAUUAUGGAGCUGUUAAUUUUUCUCCUAUAUAAUA